CCGGUUUAUUUUCGAUCUUGUGAUGCUGUCAUAGAAAAGGAACAAUUUAGUCAUUUGAAGUUUUUUCUGCAGAUAAACGACAAAAUGAUUAAGGCAAUCCUUGUCUUUAACAACCACGGAAAGCCCAGGUUGAGCCGAUUCUAUCAGUACUAUGCUGAAGACAUGCAACAACAGGUCAUCAGGGAAACAUUCCAUUUGGUAUCCAAAAGAGAUGACAACGUCUGCAACUUUUUAGAGGGUGGCACUUUGAUUGGUGGAUCCGACUACAAACUUAUCUACCGUCACUACGCCACUCUUUACUUUGUCUUCUGUGUGGAUUCUUCAGAGAGUGAACUGGGUAUUCUAGAUCUCAUUCAGGUAUUCGUAGAGACGCUGGACAAACGAUUUGAAAAUGUUUGCGAGUUAGACUUGAUAUUCCAUGUAGAUCAGGUCCAUCAUAUAUUGUCAGAACUAGUGAUGGGGGGAAUGGUGCUGGAAACGAAUAUGACAGAGAUUCUCACACGCAUAGAAGAACAGAAUAAACUUGAAAAAUCGGAGGCGGGCAUUGCUGCUGCUCCAGCCCGCGCCGUAUCCGCUGUCAAGGAGAUGAACAUACCCCAGAAGAUUAAGGACAUCAAAUUACCGGACUUACCAUCCAUCUCAAAUCUUAAAUUCUAAACAUAACUUUAUGUAUUUAAUUUAAAAAUGUGAAAUCAUUGUAAAGCUGGUGCAUGUAUGUAGGUGCAGAGAUGUUAUUAAAGUGUAAGCUAGCAUCGAGGAGGGGACAUCAAUGAAAGCCAUGAAGUUCUGCUUGCAGGCAACUCUUGUUACAACAGCAUUGAUUUUUACGGUUAAAUUUGACCUCUGAUAAAAAGUUCACGACAACAAAUGUGCAAUAUUGUUUGCCUGCUCUUCUUACAAGGACAUGUAACUUCCCAGACAAUCCUUUGUGGGCAAAAAUAAAAUCCGUUGGGAUUUUCAGGACACCAAAUAACCGCACGUAGUUUUGACUGACUUGCCGAAAAGCCAAGAGGUUGAUGAAUGUAGAGGCUUUAAGACCAAGACCUUUAAGACCUUUUUUCUCUCAGCAGAUGCACUCCUUCAACUAUUAAAAUCAUAAUGUGUCAAAAACAAAAUCAGUGAUCUGAAACGAUCAAAACGGAUCGUGGCCUAGUGGUUAAGAUGAUCCAAUUGCUAGGGGGCAUGCAGUGCAGGCUCAUACUGGGACAUGACAGAUUGAAUUUGUAGUUUCUGUCACUUGCCCUCACUGUUUAUGGGACUUUGAUGACCGCAAAAGGUUGACCACGCUGGUGGAGCCCUCAGCACAGCCUAGUGCAUUCAAGACCACUUGUUCCACUUCCACGUCUCCAUUCCAUGGGAGGGGCCUCCGUGGCUCAGUUGGUUAGUGCGCUAGGGCAGCGUAAUGACCCAGGAGUCUCUCAUCAAUGCUGUCGCUGUGAGUUCAAGUCCAGCUCAUGUUGGCUUCCUCUCCGGUUGUGAGUGGGAAGAUCUGAAAGCAACCUGUGGAUGGUCGUGGGUUUCCCCCAGGCUGUGCCCAGUUUCCUCCCACCAUAAUGCUGGCUGCCGCGGUAUAAGCGACAUAUUCUUGAGUACGGCUUAAAACACCAAUCAAAAUAAAAAUAAAUAAAAUCCAUUCCAUGGGAAUGUUUGUUGGUCACUUGCCAGAUGUUGGUGGUUUUACCCACAGGCACUCCGCUUUCCUCCAUAAAGCUGAGCACCAUUGAAUAACAGACUAAUUCUUGAGAUAAAUAACAAGCAAAUAAAUAAAUUAUUCAAUGCAAUUCUACAGAAACUGUGGUAAAGAGUAUGGAAUGUAUGUUUUUGAGAUUUGUCAGGAAAUGUAUGGUAUAUCGUUGUCUGUAAGAUGAGGCACUCAGAAACAAACGUGAAGAAAACGAGACAUGGACAAAUGGCCUCAGAACUCGUCAGUUUUGUUGGGAUCAUCAUAAAUAUUGUUUUGCCGUUUGUGAGCCAGAAUUAACAACAUGCCUGACGGCAAAGAGUGAGAUGACUGAACUUUCAAUGGAUGUGUGCGAUCAAUCAUCAU